AUGAUACCAGAUCAUUUGUUUGAGGAAGGCAUAAAUUAUUCAUUAUUAAGGAAAGAUAUGAAGCAUUUGCAGCUGAAUAGAAUUGUUUACGAGAAAUCGCAGAGGGAUUAUGAGCGUGAACAGCGUAAUCUGCUCUCAUCUCAGGACGGCGAUACUUGUGAAAUGCACGAUCAGUUCUACAGAGACCACAAACUUCUCCUUGUUCUGUUUCGAGCAUUGGCCGUUAUGCCGAUUACUCGUUCGAGACCUGGUACAAUCACAUUCAGUUGGAAAUCCCGUGCCACAGCAUACGCUAUAUUCUUUUACAUCGUUACGACUGUCAUCGUUUUGAUCGUUGGUUAUGAACGCAUCAUGAUUCUGCGCUCGACAAAAAAAUUCGACGACUACAUUUAUGCUAUACUGUUCGUCGCUUUUCUUGUCCCGCACUUUUGGAUCCCAUUCGUCGGAUGGGGUGUCGCGCAUCAAGUGGCCAUUUAUAAAACGAAUUGGGGAAAGUUUCAAGUGAGAUAUUAUCGUAUCACGGGCGAAAAUCUACAGUUCCCGAACUUGAGAACAACAAUAGUGAUCAUAAGCGUCGGCUGUUUGCUCCUAGCAGUGGGGUUUCUUCUUAGUCUAUGUGCUUUAUUAGACGGGUUCAUAUUACGGCACACCACAGCGUAUUAUCACAUAAUAACGAUGAUAAACAUGAACUGUGCACUUUGGUACAUAAACUGCAAAGGCAUCAAGAUAGCAUCGCAAAGUCUUUCAAAAUGUUUCCACAGGGACGUAGAAGUUGAGUGUACAGCGAGUCUUAUAUCCAGUUAUCGAUAUCUCUGGCUCAACUUAUCCGAGCUUCUACAGUCACUGGGAAACGCGUAUGCACGAACGUACUCUACCUACUGCUUAUUCAUGUUCUUUAAUAUAACGAUAGCGGUUUACGGCGCGCUGUCGGAAAUAGUGGACCAUGGGUUCCGAUUCAGCUUCAAGGAGAUGGGGCUAUUUGUAGAUGCUGCUUACUGCUCAACGCUGUUCUUUAUUUUUGCUGAUUGUUCCCAUAAGGCAACGCUUCAGGUUGCUGCUGGAGUACAAGACACAUUACUUUCGAUUGAUGUUCUGUCCGUGGAUCGACCAACUCAGAAGGAGAUUGAUCACUUCAUUCAGGCCAUUGAAAUGAACCCUGCGGUUGUAAGCCUAAAAGGAUACGCACAUGUUAAUAGAGAACUUCUUACAUCGGCGAUAAGCAUGAUAGCGAUAUAUCUUAUAGUAUUGCUGCAGUUCAAGAUCUCGCUGCCCAAGGAUCCAUCUAACAUUUAA